CUUGUCGCCGGAAGUGCCUGUGUUUGUGUUUUCAACCCGUUUCUCUCCAGCUGGUUCCGCCAUGGCUGCGGCGGCUGGGCCGGCUUUGCUGGACGUGCCGCCUCAGGAAUGCCCAGGCACCGGCAGCGACCAGGCGGGCAAGGCCGAAGCCUGCCAGGGGUGUCCCAACCAGGGUGUGUGCUCCAGGGGACCCGUGGGACCCGACCCAGCUAUUGAGGAAAUCAAAGAGAAAAUGAAAGCUGUGAAACACAAACUACUGGUGUUGUCUGGGAAAGGAGGAGUAGGGAAGAGCACAUUCAGUGCUCACUUGGCGCAUGGCUUGGCUGAAGAUGAAACCAAACAGGUUGCCGUGCUGGACAUUGACAUCUGUGGUCCAUCCAUCCCUAAAAUCAUGGGCCUGGAAGGGGAACAGGUUCACCAAAGUGGUUCUGGAUGGUCUCCAGUGUACGUUGAAGAAAACUUAGGAGUCAUGUCGGUGGGAUUCUUACUCGGCAGCCCUGAUGAUGCUGUUAUUUGGAGAGGACCCAAAAAAAAUGGAAUGAUUAAGCAGUUUCUCCGCGAUGUGGACUGGGGCGAAGUCGACUACCUUAUUGUAGAUACACCUCCAGGAACAUCGGAUGAGCACUUAUCUAUAGUACAGUACCUCAGUGCUGCCAAUAUAGAUGGGGCAGUGGUAAUCACCACCCCUCAGGAAGUCGCUCUUCAGGACGUUCGGAAAGAGAUAAACUUCUGCCGUAAGGUGAAGCUGCCAAUCAUAGGAGUAGUUGAAAAUAUGAGUGGCUUUAUUUGCCCGAAAUGUAAGAACGAGUCGCAGAUAUUCCCCCACACUGGUGGCGCAGAGGCCAUGUGCCAGAGUUUGAACGUGCCUCUCCUGGGCAAGGUGCCUCUGGACCCACAAAUAGGAAAAAGCUGUGAUGCGGCCUCGUUCUUGUCCGAGGUACCGAAUUCUCCAGCUACAUUAUCCUACAGGAACAUCAUCCAGAGAAUCCAAGACUUCUGUAGCCACAACCACCCGCAGGAAGAAAACAAUACUUGAACAGCAAACAAUGGAAGGGUCCAUAGGAAAGCGUUGAUCGCCUUAAGCCUGUCUGUAUAGGAAUAUAUAAGCCUUUGUUUUGCAAGCAAAUAAAUUUUUGAGUAAUGU